GAUCGUACAUUUCUACUGGCACGCGGAGUGUCACGCACCUCUACAGGGCAGGACGUUUACUCGCACUGUGAAAGGGUGCAAUCUUUGUUCGUGCACAAUGUUGACGUUUGUACUUCUGUUGGCGACCUCUGGUGCCCUGGUGGCCGGGGAAUCCUUGGGACGACACAGAGCGGACCCUGACCAGGUUUCCGUUUCCGGUUUGUCAUCCGGGGCCUGCUUCGCUGUGCAGUUUCAUGUCUCCCACUCCAAGAGCAUCAUGGGAGCUGCCAUUUUUGCCGGAGCCCCGUACCUUUCCUACGGUAACACGCUGAUUGACGUGUCCGUGUUGGAGACCAGCACCAACGCCGCCGCCAUCACCUUCAACAUAGACGGUACCACUAACAUGCGGGGGGACAAGGUCUACCUCUUCACCGGUUCAAACGACGUGGCCGUACCACCAGCGACCAUGCGCCAGACCUGGGAGUACUACAAGGCGUACGUCGAGAACAACAACAUCCAGUUCGUCACCAACCUACCUGCCGCUCACGGCAUGCCCACUGCGGAUUAUGGCGCACAGUGUGAUCAGGUCGACCAACCGAACUACCUGAACAACUGUGACUACAACGGUGCGUACCACGCGCUCAACCACAUCUACGGCUCCACCCAGGCUCUCGUGAAACCUGAUCCUUACAGUGACGUUGCUAACCGAGGACAGUUCAGGACGUUCGACCAGGGGGAGUUCUUCUACUUCACGUCCCCGUCCACCUACAGCAUGGAUGACCAGGGCUUCGUGUACAUCCCGUCAGGCUGUGCGGGCAGAUACUCUGAUUGCAAGCUGCAUAUUCAUCUUCACGGCUGCAAACAGGGCAAGUCGUACGUCGGUGACUACUACGCCCGCCAUGCUGGGUUUAACGAGGUGGGAGAACUGAACAACAUCAUCAUCCUCUACCCACAAGUCACUUCGUCGGUCGUUCCGGUCAACCCCUUGGGAUGCUGGGAUUGGUGGGGAUACACUGGAGGCUAUUUCGCCACGAGAAACGGCUUCCAGAUCACCGCCGUUCACCGGAUGAUGGAGCGUCUCCUGGACUAAACAGCCGCCAUUUUGAUGAUGUCAUAUCCGGUAUUACAUCUAUUAGGCAUGCUCUCCGCCGGUUCACUCAAAUUUCUCAAAGUACAGUCCAUAAAGACUGCCUACUUGCUACUCUUGUUA